AUGCCUAUUCCAGAAGCUCACGGGGGAAAAUUACAGGAUUUAGUUGCAAGGGAUGAGCCGUUAAGGUCCAGUCUCUUACAAGAAAUCGAAAACAAAAACCUUCCUUCAAUCACUUUAACAGAAAGACAGUUAUGUGAUCUAGAGCUUCUUUUGAACGGAGGGUUCUCUCCUUUAACUGGUUUUUUGAACGAAGAUGACUAUCAGAGUGUUGUACAUAAUAUGAGACUCACAAGUGUCAAAGAUGAAAACACACACAAAGGACUAUUAUGGCCAAUCCCAAUCACCUUAGAUGUCAGUGAAGAAGAAGCGAGAAAACACAGCAAAGGUGAUAGAUUGGUCUUAAGGGAUUUGAGAGAUGAGCAACCGUUAGCCAUUUUGACCAUCGAAUCUAUCUAUAAACCAAAUAAGGCUGAAGAAGCGAAAUUCGUCUUUAGGGGAGAUCCAGAACAUCCAGCUGUGAGGUACUUGAACGAGACAGCAGGGGAAUAUUAUAUUGGUGGGUCUCUUCAAGGCUUGAACUAUCCAAAGCAUUACGACUAUGUUGCAUUUAGGAAAACUCCAACUGAUUUAAGAAAAGAAUUCAAGAACGUAGGUUGGGAUAAACAUAACGUCGUUGCUUUUCAAACGAGAAAUCCAAUGCAUAGAGCACACCGUGAAUUGACAGUUCGUGCAGCGGAGGAUCUCGGUCCAGACGGCCAUAUCCUCAUUCACCCAGUAGUUGGAUUGACAAAGCCAGGAGACAUUGAUCACCACACUAGAGUGAAAGUGUAUCAUCAGAUAUUGAAAAAGUUUCCUGACGGCUUAGCUACAAUGUCGUUGUUGCCAUUAGCUAUGAGAAUGGGUGGUGAUCGUGAGGCAUUGUGGCAUGCCUUGAUUAGAAUGAACUAUGGAGUAGACCAUUUUAUUGUUGGUAGGGACCACGCAGGACCAGGAAAGAACUCUAAAGGCGUUGAUUUUUAUGGACCCUAUGAUGCGCAAGAGCUUUUGUCUCAGAUUGGAGACGAGCUCAGUUCUAAAAUCAAAAUAGUUCCAUUCCGAAUGGUAACUUAUUUGCCCGAUGAAGAUAGAUACGCUCCAAUUGACACUAUUGAUACAUCAAAAGUAAGAACAGCAAACAUAUCUGGAACAGAAUUAAGGCAACGAUUAAAAGAUGGUACUGAUAUACCUGAAUGGUUUUCUUAUCCAGAAGUUGUCAAGAUCUUGAGAGAUUCAAAUCCACCUAGGUUUAAGCAAGGUUUUGUUAUUAUAAUUACUGCUAGCGAGCAAAAAAACAAAGAAGGGAACUAUUUAGCUUUUGCACUUCAGUCAACUUUGAAUCAAUUUACUGGAGAGCGUAGAAUUACUAAAUUACCAGGACAUUCACCGGAUGCAUUUAUCGUAAAUGAGCUCGUGAAGGCUGGUUCCGGUGUUAUUGUCACCACAUCGGAUACAAAAUCAAUAGUUGAUGCCGUAGGAAAGAGUAAUGCAUUAAUCGUUGAUGUGGGUACACACAAUACUGAGCCUGGCGUUUUCUCGUUAGUGGAAAAGAAUGGCGAGUAUAAUAUCUCAGAAGUUAUUGAAGAAAUUGUGAACCACUUGAAUUCAGAGAGAUUUUAUUAG